CUUCCGACGUUUAUUUACUUUGUCAUCUUUGAUUCGCUUUUCGUUCUGUAAAUUGUGUGAUCAUCUGCAUUUACCUAUUCACCCUGCCUAUCAGCUGUUUUAUGGAAUGUAAAUGUUGUCAUGUUCGGGCAGUAUGAAUAGGAAAGUGAAUAUUUUUGACGAUGUUCUUCAGCGAAAGCGUAAAAUUUUGUGACGUGUGCAGUAAAUGAAUAAGCAUAGAUGAAGUGAGACAUGAUAAGUAAGAAAUCCAAGAAUCAGUUGUUAAAAAUUUGUACAUUUUAAUUAGGGUGCUGCUUAGGUCUUUUACUGGUCGGUCCUUAACCUGUGUUCAUCCGUGGCAAGAUCUUUACGCGUUUAAAAUUAAUACAAUGGCACACACUCGUAGAAUUCCAGUUUAUGGACGUCGCCCACCCUGUGCUACGUUAUGUAGAAUUGAGGAAUUACAUAUGCGAUUACGUGCCCUUCGCUUGGAACGCUCUCGUAAACCUGACAAACCUGAGGACUUUGUAUGUUAUGAAGAUUCUGACGACGAAGAAGAGAGUGCUAGCGCUGAAAAACAGAUUCUCAAUACAUCAUAUAAUUUUGUUGACUUCGUACGGGGACGAGAAAUGGGUGGCAGAGAACCCAAAUGGGUUGGCCCUGAAUACGGCUCGCGGCAUAUUUUAACACAUGAAAUGUUUAAAGAAUACUCAGUGUCCCUUAGUAAUAUGAACAAAGUGUUCUGUUCCCAGUGGUUAAGUGACAGACAAGUUGUAUUUGGAACAAAAUGUAAUAAGCUAAUGGUAUAUGAUGUAGUCACACAAAGAUUAGAUCAGAUUCCAUCGUUACAAGGCAGAAGAGAUUCCAUUACAAUGCCACAAGAUCAGCAAUGUGGGAUCCAUUCAGUGCAGAUUAAUCCCUCAAAGACAUUAUUAGCAACAGGGGCAAGGAAUUCUAGUGAGAUCGCAGUGUACCGGCUGCCAACCCUGGACCCAGUGUGUGUAGGAGAAGGGGCACAUCGUGACUGGGUGUUUGACAUGUGCUGGCUGGAUGACCAGUUCUUGGUGUCAGGUUCUCGUGACACUCGUAUGGCACUGUGGCGAGUCCAGGAGGAUGACAUAGCUACAAAACAGGAAGUUCCCACGUACAGUCAUGUGCGUGCAUUGGCUGUCAAGGAGUGCAAAUCAGCACAGAAAGUUCGUGCAGUUGCAUUUAACAAGAGUUUUCAAGAGAUUGCAGCACUUUCACUCAAUGGUUAUAUUCACAUCUGGAAUGCAGAGACAUUUAAACAGAAGCUGUCAAGGAAGUUGCCAUCAUGCCAGGAAAAUGUCUGCCUAGCUGUUCAGGAUGCAGGAAUGUAUGCUGUUGGCUGUCGCUCAUACACUCUGCUUCUGGAUGCCCGAACACUUCAAGCUGUCAAGAAGAUCUCGCCACGAUAUAGUGGCUGUGGAAUUCGUUCUGCUAGUUUCCAAGGCAAUGUGCUGACUAUUGGAACUGGGGUUGGAAUACUUCUGUUCUAUGACCUCCGUGCAGGGAAGUACCUUGAGUCAAGCAUAAAUUCCAGUCGCACUGUGCAUCUGAAGGCAUCCAAAGGCUGGGUGUUUCCAGAUGAAGAAUACAUCGAUGGCUUCCAGCAUAUCAAGUACACACCUGCCAUCUAUACUCACUGCUAUGACUCAUCUGGGACACGAUUAUUUACUGCAGGAGGACCAUUGCCUGCAAAUCUUUAUGGAAACUAUGCAGGCCUGUGGCAGUGAGGAGGGAAAAUGCUAUGGAACCCCACCUUGGCCUUCUUUUGCAUGAACCAACCCCAGUGUGCAGCGAGAUAGGGCCUUUCCUGUGGGGGGUUAUCCUGCUUAAGACUGCAGGAGGAGGUUGAGACUGUCUCCUUUUCCAGUAGAAGUUCCACGUAUUGAUCAAAGUGUCAUCUCAUGUAUGUAACACAGUGAGCCGAAAUCUUCCCCUCAAAUGAUCCACUAAAGGAAAUUUUGAUAUCUAUUGGCAGGUUGUAUUUCAGAUUCAUCUAUAAAUAUGUGUUAAGAAUAGUUCAGUCAUUUUUCACAUCAUACAACCAUAUCAGUUAAAUAGAUGCAAUGGAAAUAGCAAUAUGGCAUGUAUUUCACAGAGAAAUAACAUGGAAUUAUUCCAUUUUUUCUUAUGUUAGCUUAUAAAAUUAAAUGGUGACUAGAAAAGCUGAGUUGUCAAGGUCAAGAAAGUGUAUAGAGUUUAUUGGCAUAAUUUUUGUAUUCUUUUUAUGAAGGAGGCUUGAUUUUGAUAAUGUAAGUCAUAAUUUCAAAAACAGAUGUAGGUUUAUGACAAAGAUUGGACAUGCUGACCAUUAUGAUGGAUGAAAUAAUUUUUGGAGUAUGCAAAUCAGGAGCAGAAGUUUGAAAAGUGUAUGGAAAGAAUUGCCAUAGUUGUAUUCCUAACCCAGGAACCCUGCUGAAUAUUGAACACAUGAAAUUAAAUAGAACACUUCUAACAUUAACUGAAGAAAUAUGUUGUAGACAAUCAACUAGGAAAGGCAGAAGGCAAGAACAGCUUUUUCAAAUUAUUUGUUCUCUGUUCUUAUUCGGUUUGAUUUUCUUCUCAUCAUUUGAACAGAUUACUUUAUUUACAUCAGUAUGAUAAUUCUAUCUUAGGCGACUUGACCACUGUAAUUUGUGAUUUUCUUGCAUCAACAGUAUCAAUAUGGUGGUUGGAUGUGUUACAGGGCCCUCACAUUUUGUAAAGUAUCCAUUUUUAAAUGUGAUUACAUUCACAAAUGUAAAAGAAUUAAAUCAAGAGAUAUGUCUCGUGAACCUGUGUGAAGGUGUGCGCCCCCAGUAAUAUUAAGUGUAGAGAUGUAGGCAUCUCACUUCCAUGUAACAAAGCUCUCGAAUAAUGCAGAUCUUGUGUAAUGACUGUUAUGUCUUGUAACAUUGAUGACCCAAACACUAUGCAUCUGUAUCUUUGCUGUGUGUUCUUCACCAUGUUCCAUCAUUAACACUUAACUUUAUCAGCAGAGAUGAAACAACAUAUUUGUGCCCUCUCUGUUCCCAUAAUAAAUUUCAAUCACUUUACCAGUUUUAUACCAUCAGUAAUAGCAACAUGGUGGCCAUUUCUGACACGGGACUGAAACAAGUAUCUCUGAAUGUAGGACGCAGAAAUUUUUUGUGAUAAUUUUUUUAAAGUAUACAACUUUUGUUAUGAUUAUUUUGUGUGUAUAACUUUGAAACUUGAAAUCUGUAUUUUCUUUUCCAUUUUAAUGUUAAAGAUGUUGACUCAGUGCAUUUAAGCAUUUUAAAUUUGUUUUGGUGGUAGAUAAGAAGCAAAUGUUGUUUCAGACUUUUUUUUUUAAGUUCUAAACAGGGUGACAGUGUGAAACCUUGAGGUUAUAUGUGACAGCUCUGAAUAUCAAUUUUCACUAGUGGAAAUUAUGAGCAAAUAUAGUUGAUUUAUAGGAUUAUUAAUUUAUAAUUCCUGCCAACCUCUCUAUAUAUUAAGGUAGCACCUAUGGGACAGCAUGUAUCAAGAACUUUUUAUAAUUAUUUGGAUUAAAAAUAUCUGGAAUGUUUAAGAUACACGUUUCAACUUUCCACACGAAAAGUGACAAGCCUGACUUGAUCUGUCAGUAUAGUAGAUUGGGUUACUUUAUGUUACUGCCAUUUACAUGAUAGGUGUAUAUAUAGUGGGGUGACUAGACGUAUAGUAUGUUCAUGUAGAACAUCCCGACAGGUAAAUCAGUUCCUCAGAUUUUAAAUUUUACACUAUUGGGUGUUGAGAACUUUUAAAUAUAAUUCUACCUUUUUUUUUUGUAUCACUCUUCUGAUGUGUCCCCUGAUCUAUGGGUAUGGUAAUUAUGGUAAUUCUAAAUCCAUAUCACCCAGUCACAAAAAGAAGAUAGUGUGUUCAGAUUCUGAGCAGAUUCAGUUAUGUGUAGUUAUGUUGUUACUUCAGUAAAUUAUUCAAAAUUAUAUUACAGCAAAUCAUUCAAUAUAUCAACGUGUUUCUUUACCUUUACCUUACUGAAAAUUAGUAUAUAGUACAUUGCAUCAUUUCUAUUUGUAUAUUUAAUGUUCUACUGUAAUAGUCACCACUGUUACUUCAUAUGCAAAAGAUAUCCCAUUUGAUUCCAGGCUUUCCUAAGUGAAUUUUGAUGAGGGUUUUUUUUCUGCAGUCCUUUUGGGUAGAUGCCUGAAGAAUACAUUAAAGUUGCUUUUCUCCACCCUUGUGGUACACCAUAUAAAACGGUAUCUUUUUUUUUUAUUUCCAAUGGUGCUUCAUGUUUCUAGCCAUAGUCUUUUCCCCCUAAUGUACAUAGCUUUAUAUCGUAGCAUUAAUGAAUAUACAGCAUCGUAAGUUCUUUAUAUGCCCUUGCUUGCUUGUAACACUUAUACCAAUUUAUCAGUUUUGAAGAUAUCUGUAAAGGAGUACCGGAACAGACUUUGAAUGUAUUUGUUGCAUAAAAUCAAUAGUAGCUAACAGUGUUCUGAGUUGUAUUUAUUGUGCACAGUAAAACCGAAAUGUGUUAAAAUACAGUAAAAUGGCCCAUCUC